GACACUGCAAGUAAAAUUAGAGCAGUGAUCAGCGCAGACCCUUUGCGCCUCUGUUAAUGUUUGUGUGUGAGAGACAGGGGCUUUCCUAACCGGCAUGACGUCAGUGAAGCGUCUGCUAGUCAUGAGUUUGUGGUUGUCUCCGUGGAAACGCUGAUGAGCCACCAUAAGGAGGCGAAAAGUUGGAUUCCCCAGUCAGACGGCCCCGAGCGCGCAGAGGAGGAGGAGAGGAAACAUUCUGAUUCGCUGUCAGCCAUGGACGCCAAAGUGGAGCGCUUUCUCAAGUUAGGAUACGAUCACGACGACAUCCUCAGGGUUCUGGAGAGCCUCCGACACGACGCGCAGACCAACGACAUCCUAGAGGAGCUGAUAAAGACGUGCCACACUCGCACCUACAACAACAAGAGCGUGCCAAACAGCCCCAAGCUGGUGCCGAGAGGCUGCAGCCCCAGUCCCAGUCCCAGCCAAGCCAGACCGGGACCGGACAGAGAAGCGGCUGCUGGAUUUCGACCCGUGGUUAUAGAUGGCAGCAACGUGGCCAUGAGCCAUGGCAACAAGAGGGUGUUUUCGUGCCAGGGCCUCCAGCUGGCAGUAAACUGGUUUUGGGAGAAAGGGCUGCGCAACAUCACUGUGUUUGUCCCACUGUGGAGGAAGGAGCAGCCAAAGCCCGAGGCACCCAUCACAGAUCAACAUAUUCUCCACGAGCUGGAGAGGAGGAAGAUCCUGGUGUACACACCAUCCCGCUGCGUAAACGGGAAGAGGGUGGUGUGCUACGAUGACCGGUACAUCAUCAAACUGGCCUUUGACUCAGACGGCAUCAUUGUGUCCAACGACAACUACCGCGACCUGCAGACAGAGAACCCCCAGUGGAAGAAGUUCAUAGAGGAGAGGCUGCUGAUGUACACCUUCGCCAAUGACAAGUUUAUGCCUCCAGAUGAUCCUCUGGGCAGAAAUGGACCCACUAUAGAUGAUUUUCUGAGGAAGAAGCCGUGGACCCCAGAAAACAAGCUGCAGCACUGUCCAUACGGAAAGAAGUGUACUUAUGGAGUAAAGUGCAAGUUCUACCAUCCAGAGAGGGCCAACCAGUCCCAGCUGUCAGUGGCUGAUGAGCUAAGGGCCCUGAGAGACAGAGCCAAGAACGUCUCGCCUUCUGCAUAUCAGUCAGAGCUCAGGUACACCUCCUGCACCCCUCCACCCCUAGGUGUAGAUGAGCCGUCACACAGGGCUUCACCUGGGGAGCAGUCCAUCUGUCAUAGGGACACUAGCAGCCCGAGAAACCAAAUGAACUCAAGUCUCCACCACUGCCCGAGUCCAGAUUUAGAUGAAGCCUUCAGUUCCAUGGAGAGUUCUCUGUCCAGGAUCUACAUCAAUGACAUGCAAUACAGCAGGGAGCAGCCCAUGCACAGCUACAGCAGCGGGGUGGCCAGCUACAGCCUGAGUCAUGACGAGUACUUGGGCUCGUAUGGUGGUAACGGCCAGAGGAUCUGCCUGAACGGGGGUGGUUACUACCCGCAGCCAAACGGGUUGACAUCCUGUGAGCGCCCCUUGUGCAGCCAGUGCAGAUGUUGUCAGCAGCAGACCAGAAUGUCCCCAAACAGCCACCACCACCACCACCACCACCAUCACCAGCAGCAGGCAUGGAGCUCCUGUCCACCUGUGCCACCACAUAAUGGGGAUCCUGCUCAUUUUGCAGAGAAGCAGUACUACAGACAGCCCUCCCAGAGACAGACACACAGCCUGCCCAGGGACCCAUGGGGGCAGGUGAACCCUUUGGACCCCAGAUUGAGCAGUGGGGCUAAGAGCCCAAAUUGCGAGCGGAGGAAGGGCUUAAGGAGCCAGCUUAGCACCCUGUUCCCCCAGAACAUGGUGGAGCAAGUCAUGAAUACUUACCCAGAUGUGUCAGAUGUGUCUGAACUGAUUUCCCUCAUCCGGACCCACAGAGCGAGCCAAUUCUCCUUCUAGAACACACUUUUUUUUUUUGGUGCCUUCAAACUUGAGCCCAUGUUGGAGUUCUCAUUACAAAAGAGAAGACAAAACUGAAGCGAGUACUUAACUGUGAAUUUAUGUCAUUAUAACAGUUUAUACUGUGCAAAAUGAUUCCCCUUGCUUGAACUUGAUGCAAACCUUCAUUUGAAGCAUUACAAAGUGGCUGGAUCUGCAGAAAGUGUAGCAGACUGAAUGCUUUUUCUUUAUCCUAGUGUUAAAAGUGCAAUGCACUACGCUCCAUACAAGCUACUUAUUGUAGCCCGACAAAUGUUUUAUCAAAGCAGCAUGUGUUGUUUUCCCAUGUUGCCUCAAAGUGAGGAACGCUAUAUUCUGUAUUUCUGUAAAGAAUGUCAUUGAUCUGUUUUUAAUAUGAAUCCUAAAGGCUUCUAUAUUUGCUGAGAAAUAAAUGCAU